CCACUCGGGGCGGCGGCGGCCGGGGGAGGUGCGGAGGCGGUGGGGAGCGGUGCGGAUCCGCGGCUGCGGCGGGUGGCGGCACCAUGUACGGCUUCGUCAAUCACGCCCUGGAGCUCCUCGUCAUCCGCAACUACGGCCCCGCCGUCUGGGAGGACAUCAAGAAGGAGGCACAGCUUGAUGAAGAAGGACAGUUUCUUGUCAGAAUAAUUUAUGAUGAUUCCAAAACCUAUGAUCUGGUUGCAGCUGCAAGCAAGGUCCUUAAUCUAAAUGCUGGGGAAAUUCUCCAGAUGUUUGGGAAGAUGUUUUUUGUGUUUUGUCAAGAAUCUGGUUACGAUACAAUUCUACGUGUCUUGGGCUCAAAUGUCAGAGAGUUUUUGCAGAACCUGGAUGCUUUGCAUGACCACCUUGCUACUAUUUACCCAGGAAUGCGAGCCCCUUCCUUUAGAUGCACUGAUGCGGAGAAGGGGAAGGGUCUCAUUCUGCAUUACUAUUCGGAAAGAGAAGGUCUCCAGGAUAUUGUCAUUGGAAUAAUCAAAACAGUAGCUCAACAGAUCCAUGGUACAGAAAUUGAUAUGAAGGUUAUUCAACACAGAAAUGAGGAAUGUGACCACAUCCAGUUUUUAAUUGAAGAGAAGGAGUCUAAAGAAGAGGACUACUAUGAAGACCUUGACAGAUUUGAAGAAAAUGGUACCCAGGAGUCUCGCAUCAGUCCCUAUACUUUCUGCAAGGCCUUUCCUUUCCACAUAAUAUUUGACAGAGAUCUGGUGGUCACACAGUGUGGCAAUGCUAUAUACAGAGUCCUUCCACAGCUGCAGCCAGGAAAUUGCAGUCUGUUGUCAGUUUUCUCCUUGGUCCGGCCUCAUAUUGAUAUUAGUUUCCAUGGAAUCCUUUCACAUAUCAAUACAGUCUUUGUACUGAGGACCAAGGAGGGGCUGUUGGAUGUGGAAAAGCUGGAGUGUGAAGAUGAACUGACUGGCACAGAAAUCAGCUGCUUACGCCUGAAAGGGCAAAUGAUCUACUUGCCUGAAGCUGACAGCAUUCUCUUUCUUUGUUCACCAAGUGUGAUGAACUUGGAUGAUUUAACCAGAAGAGGUUUAUAUCUGAGUGAUAUCCCAUUGCACGAUGCUACCCGUGAUCUGGUUCUUUUGGGAGAGCAGUUCAGAGAGGAAUAUAAACUGACUCAAGAGCUUGAGAUCCUCACUGACAGACUGCAGCACACUCUGCGUGCACUGGAAGAUGAAAAGAAAAAGACAGACACAUUACUCUACUCUGUUCUACCACCAUCAGUGGCAAAUGAGCUGAGACACAAGCGUCCUGUUCCAGCUAAGCGGUAUGACAAUGUGACCAUUCUUUUCAGUGGCAUUGUUGGAUUCAAUGCCUUCUGUAGUAAACAUGCCUCUGGAGAGGGAGCCAUGAAGAUUGUUAAUCUUCUAAAUGACCUUUACACAAGAUUUGAUAUUCUGACUGAUUCACGAAGGAAUCCGUUUGUUUAUAAGGUGGAAACAGUUGGGGACAAGUACAUGACAGUGAGUGGUCUACCAGAGCCUUGCAUUCAUCAUGCACGAUCUAUCUGCCACCUGGCAUUGGAUAUGAUGGAAAUAGCAGGCCAAGUUCAAGUAGAUGGUGAGCCUGUACAGAUAACAAUAGGAAUCCACACUGGUGAGGUGGUCACAGGAGUCAUAGGCCAAAGGAUGCCACGUUACUGUCUCUUUGGAAAUACUGUCAAUCUAACAAGCAGAACAGAAACUACUGGAGAGAAGGGAAAGAUCAAUGUCUCUGAAUAUACUUACAGGUGUCUUAUGACACCAGAAAAUUCAGAUCCUCAGUUUCACCUGGAGUACAGGGGUCCAGUUUCUAUGAAGGGUAAAAAAGAACCAAUGCAGGUUUGGUUUUUGUCCAGAAAGAGUACAGAGACCGAGCUGACAUGUCUAGUUAUCCGCACUUCAAAAUUCACCAUUUGCUUUCUUACACUGAGUGAAUAAACGUGCCUUCAAAUAUUCAAGCAACAGAGCAGCAACUACUUGCAGGCAAGUUCACAUCUGAUGUGUAUGGUGGUUUGUUAACCCUGGAUGGAUCUGCUAAUUCAGAGAUUGUUGCAUGAUAGAGGUCUUAGUUUAGAAAUAUACAAGGUGAAAACUACUUCUUUUAAAUUACAUAUGGGUCUAAAUCCUCUUCUCAAAAUGGUGUAGGGUAGAGCUCUUCAAGUAUCGAGUGGUCUUUAAGCUUAUGCCCAAUUUCAGAAGUCUGGGUGUGUAUUAACCAUGAUCUCAUCAAAAGCCUGUGAGAUCUAGACUCAUAAUUGUGCUACAGACUUAGACAAUCAGGUUACAGUAUGCCAGCUGAUUUGCCAUACCUGAGCGGGUACAUACAUUCCACACAUUGCCAACAGGAAGAAAAAAAGGGUAAAAGUAAUUUACUUACCUUGAAUUUUGUCCUUAAGUAAUAUGAAAAUAAUUUUAAGCUAUAGUAUUUAAUAUUAAAGAUACAACUGACUAAAAUAAUGAAAAUCAUCAGUUACCUUGGCUGAAAUAAUCCCUGUAAGGAAAUUUAAUGACAUGUCUGAAUAUUCAUGUGCUUCUGAAAAUGAUAUUUAGGCUGUUAAACUGUUUGGGCUCUUUAGGAGAUCUGAUACAGAUUUCUUACCACAGUACUCAAGCAUAUGACUACUCCAGUCCCACGACUGGAGUGCCAUGGUGGAUGGUUACAGGCUUUUCAGGAGGGAUUGGCAGGGUAGGAGAGGUGGAGGGAUGGCAUUGUAUAUAGUGAAUGGGCUGGAAUGUGUGGAGCUUGCAGUUGGUGAUGGCAUAGUUGAGAGCCUUUGGGUAAGAAUUAAGGGGCAAACAAUUAAAAUAGAUGUCAUCAUGGGAGUUUGCUAUAGGCCACCCAGUCAGGAUAAGGAAACUGAUGAGAUAUUCUUUAGGGAACUACAGGAUACCUCCAGGUCAUCUGCAUUUGUCCUCGUGGGGGACUUCUAUUUGCCAGAUAUCAACUGGGAGCACUGCAGAGCUGGUACAAAGAGGUCCAGAAGAUUCCUAAAUUAUCUAGAUGAUAACUUUAUGGUUCAAGUGUUGAGAGAACCAACGAGGAAAGGUGCCUUCCUUGAUUUGAUGCUUGUAAACAGAGGUCUUGUGGGUGAAGUGGCAACUGGAGGCUGCCUUGGCCACAGUGACCGUGAAGCAGUCAAGUUUAACAUCUAUGGUAAUAGGAGGAAACCUAACAGUAAGACCUCUCGAGGGCAGAGAGACCCUGCAGAGGGCUCUGGACAAAUUAAAGAGCUGAGCAAUCACCAAUUGCAUGAAGUUUAACAAGGAGAAAUGCCAGAUUUUGCACCUGGGACACGGUAACCCUGGAUAUACAUACAGUCUGGGGAGCAAGAGGCUGGAAAGCAGACCUGGAAAGAGGGUUCUGGGGGUUCUGGUUGACGGCAAGUUGAACACAAGCCAGCAAUGUGCCCCUGGCAGCCAGGAGGGCAACCCAGUCCUGGGGUGCAUCAGGCACAGCAUAGCUAGCUGGUCAAGAGAGGUGAUUGUCCCACUUUACCCUGCACUGGUGCAGCCCCAUCUUGAGUCCUGUGUGCAGUUUUGGGCGCCACAGCACAAGAAGGAUAUAAAGCUACUGGAGAGUGUGCAGAGGAGGGCCGUGAGGUUGGUGAAGGGUUUAGAAGGGAAGCCGAAUGAGAAGCAGCUAAAGGCACUUGGUCUGUUCAGCCAGGAGGUGAGGAGGCUGAGGGGAGAUCUCAUCGCAGCAACUGCUUCCUCAUUAGGGAAGGAGGAAGAGUGGGUGCUGACCACUUCUCUCUGGUGGCCAGUGUUAGGACCUGAGGGAAUGGUAGGAAGAUGUGCAGGGGGAGUUUUAGGUUGGACAUUAGGAAGAGAUUCUUCACCCAGAGGGUGGUGGAGCACUGGAAUGGGCUCCUCUGGGAAGCAGUAAUGGCACCGAGCCUGACAAUAUUCAAGAAGCAUUUGGACAUGGUGUGAACUUUGGGGUUGUCCUGUUCUGGGGCAGGAGGUGGAGUUGGUGAUCCAGGCUGUCCAAGGAGGUGGUUGAGCCACUAUCCCUGGAGACAUCUAAAAAGACGGAUGUGGUGCCACGGGACAGGAUUUAGUGGUGGACGUGGCAAAGUUAGGGUAGUGGUUGACCUUGAUCUUGAAGGUCUUUUCCAACCAGAGUGAUACUGUGACUUUUUAAUGGCAAUUCCCAGUAUUAACUCCCAGUAUUGAACUUCAGGGGAGAGCCUGUACUUUAACUCUGCUGAAGCCUGUAUUCUAGUAUAUGUUACUUACAAUCAUAUUCUGGGGGCCACUUUUGAUAAUACUUUUCUAUGUUUAUUCUAUGUCAAAUUAAAUAUAAUUUCACAUGGCCACCAUUCUUUCAAAUUUAUAGUUGUAUUUAAAAUAUAUAUUAAUUAAAACACCUUUCACUUUUUUUCUGCAUUAUAAAUUAUGUCCUAUGAUUUGUAGCAGGGCACAUUGUAAUUUUAAGUGCAAAAUUUCAUGAAGGGUACUGAGUCAGGUGGGUAUUUUCCUUUCUUCAGCCUCAUACAUGUUUAAUAUGAAUAUAGGGUUCAGAUAGUUCAGAAUUUUAACUAUUGCCAUUUUCUUUGAGAGAUCUUGUACAACAGUUAGUUUUGUCAGUUCUCACAGCAGUCCUGAUCGGUACUUGCUGAUACUAUUAGCUAGUAAUCGACCUUUUCAGAGGGGGACAUGUGGGUAGGAAUAAACCUGACAGAAAAAUACUGUCAGUCUGAUUUUCAGGAGCCCUUAAGACUCACUGUUUAAACACAUUCAAAAAGUCUCUAAUUUAUGUUAAUUUUUUUUUAAUUCUGAAAUUCAGAUAUCCAUGUAAUUCUUACAGAUAGAAUGACUUCUUUCAUCACAGGUAUCUCCUCAAAGUUGUAGUAAGUUUGAGAGAAUACAAGGCUAGAAAGAUAUAUUCAUAUGGUGAUUGGAAUUGAUAAUUUUGUCAGAGGUGAUUUUGAGAAGUGCAAGAAUAUAAUCCUCUGAUCUUUCAAUUAGUAUUUAACUCCCUGAAUAAUUUCAUCUUUCCAUGCAUGAAAAGAUGCACUGAGUUUUACUCUUUUAAGUUUUUCUGAAGUGUUUGCAGUUUCUCUUUGUCUUGAUAAGCUACUCCGUGUGUUAUUUAUGGCACUUUAUAGGCUGUACAUAAUAGUUUUAAUAGUUUUAAUUUAAAAAAAAUCAGAUAACCAUCUUCUUAUGUUUGAUUGCCUUACAGCAAUUGCUUUGCUUUAGGCAAGCAUGUAGUCUUGGUUUUCUUUUCACAAAUCUUAUUAUCUUUUAACCUUUCAAACACAUACUUAUGCUAAUGUAUUAUCAUAUGCAGUGCUGUUAGUUUCAGUGGGACUGUUCAUAACAAUAAAUAUGGCAUAUUAACACAUAUUCAGAAACUGGUAAUUUUCUGAAAGGUCAUUCAAGAGUAUGGCAAGAAGUAUCUUAUAGAAGUAAACAUGAAAAUAUUUCUCAAAUCCUCAAAAGAUUUCUGCUAAUUAUUCUUUUACUGUGAAGUUUUCUACAUCCAAUAUCUUUAAAUCUAGGAAAGAUUCACAUUAGCACUAUAGUCUUCUUUUAAUUAUAUCCCUUGGAAAGUGAUUAGCUCAGCAUUUACAAAUCUAGCAGCAUAAUAUUUUACCCUGAAGCCCAGUAAUGAAUACAUGGUGAGGAAAGACAACAAAAUACAGCUGGCAUGGAGAUGUGAAACCAAGGCUUAAAAUAUGCUGUCUCUUUGCAAGGUCCAGAGAAAAUGACAGUGCUGAAGCAGCUCAGCACACCUCAAACUUGGUUCCUAAAUUGACAUCACCAAUAUCAGUCUCCAUGAGCAGUAGUUACUUCUGAGAAAGACCUGAUUUACCAGAAUCAGUGUUAGAGUGCUGCUCUUUUAGUUUUAUUUCACUAAAGAUAUCUCUUCCAUGAUACAAUUACAGCAAAAAUUAGAAUUGCAUCAGAAACAUAUAUAGAACAAAAGCAGCUGUGAGGAAUUACUCAUUUUGCAUCCGUUUGUUUGCAUGUUAUAAGAUAAAUGAUUUUAACAGAGGUUCAGCUGCAGCUUCCCUACUGAGAAACAUAUUUGUUGUAAAAAAUAAAGCUUGCAGAGAGACUCAAAUGUCUGACUGCAAUUUUCAUCAUUCCCCACUUUCAAAUAUCUUUCUUGUCUGCCCUGUCCCCACAAUACUGAUGGGACCAAGUUGAAGUGUCUCAAUCAGAGCUGUUAGUCCAUCAGAGAAUGUAGGAAUUGUUACAUUCCUACGUACAGCAGAUAGGAAAGAAAUGCAUGCAUUACCUAUGUUGUAUUUUAUUAUUUUUGUUAUUUACUGAUACUGGUUGCAAGCUGUAAAAUGUAUUUUGUCACUGCAUUGACCCACCAUGUUGUUGCUUCAAAGAAAAUCCCUUACUUCUUAAAUUCUACUUGCAUGCACUCAAGGAAGCAAAGCAAGAUGCUCCCUGAGCUGAGAGAAGAAGAAGAGGACGCUGGAUAGGGUGCAAUACUGACUCCAAAUAGGGUUCCAGGCAGUAAGGUUGAGUUAUGGAUGUUAUUUCAUGUCGUAUCUCCCACUGUCAUGUGCAGUACCACUGUCUUUUGCCCUACUCCUGAAAUCAUACUCACCAGUUUUCUCCAGGCUUGCUUGCUAUUUUUAUUUCCUUGAUGUUUGGUAUGGUUGUAUCUCUGCUAUAAGCAUGUAUUUUGAGCUUUUCUUUUUUUGGUAUGCAUAUUUGCACAUCAGUCAUGUGGCCGUUCCUACCACCAGAUAAUAUUGAAUAAAAUUUUGUAGUAUGAAUCACUUCAAUCUGGUGCUUCACAUCUCCAUCUUCAUUUCUGAAGUAUAGUGGUUACAUGAAUCAAUGACAUUUCUGGGGAGAUAAAUAUUUCAGUUGCUGGGCAGAACAAUGAACCUAAAGAACUGGUUUUAAAAAAAUAAUACCUAAAGCAGCAUUAUGAAAACUAUUGUAGAAAUGUUAUCAGAUUUAGUUCCGCUAUUACCACGCUUCCCAUUCAUUUUGUGAAUAAUGCUUGAACACUGUAAAUUCCUGGUUAGAAAAAGGUUCCUCUUUUGAUAUCAUCCUGCAUUCUCCCUUUGUAGAUACCAUCUAAACAUUUUCUAUGUUGAAAGGGAGCAGUUGUUUGUCUGAUACUGCCAUUUCAAGCAUGUGCCAAUGUACUUCUACUGAAAUGCUGUUCACUUGCAAUGUAUUUCUCAUUGAUUUGUAUUAACUACAUUAAUUUUUAAUGUUAAUAAUAGACUGCUAAACAAUUUUAGACCACUUGUAGUGCUUUCCUUCUUUUCUGAUGAGACCCCAUAAUUGAAAGCCAUGCUACUGAGAUAUGGUUGUCAUGGCUGCCUUUUGGGUUGGUCCCUAAUUUUCAGAAAUUAUCUUAUUUUAUUCCUUGGGAUGGCCUAAUAAUAUUAUAGGUGUCAUGGCAUAACUAAGAGAUUUAAAGCUGCUAAGGGGACAUAGUGUUUUUUAUCAGCUGAUAUGGUUAGUAAAAGUGCACAAGAUUUCAGAUGCUUAGAUCUUCCAUAACUUCAACAUACAGUGAAUUUUUAUGUGAAUAAUAUCUGUUAUCUGACUGGUAGUUUUGGAAUAUUUACAUUAUAAACUAGGAUAGUGCAAUUACUUUGUGUAUAAAAAUUGUCUAUAUCUAGUAUACCUUAUCAGCACAGAAUAUAUAUGUAUAAAUGUUUCAUGUUAAUGUGCAAAAGAAAUUGCAAUAAAUUAUUUUUUCCACUGA